AUAAUUAUUGCAGAAUAAUGGAAUGUUACGCGGGAGGAGGAGGGGCCGAAAUGGAUUGGGCUUAUAGAAGGGAAAGCCCAAGAUGAUAUGGCUUAUGAUAUGUCGGGAGGGUAGCGUAACGCGUCUAGUUCUGAUACCUCUGCAUUCGUCUAUCUUGAAAUCGAAAGAGAAAGAGAGAGAGAAAAUUAGGGUUUGGUGUUCGGGCGUUGAGAGAUGCAAGGCGGUGAUGAAGUAAACAUUGAAGAGUUGGCCUCGAAUCUGUCCCUCUACAAAGAUCAACUCCAUCAGGUUAGACAACUUUUAAGCGAUGAACCUUCGAAUUCUGAAUAUGUUGACAUGGAAAGGGAGCUCUGCGAGGUGAUUGCUUUGACGGAAGAACUCCUCGCAACCGCAAAGCAAAAUGAAAUCUCUGGUUCAACUGCUGCUUCAAAUGUUGGUGCAUCUCUAAGUUUGUCAAAGCAUAAGGAGAACAAACUGCUGGAUAGCAGCUCUGAUCAUGAAGAGAAAAUUCCUGUUGGCACCAGAGUUCAGGCAGUUUGGAGUGAAGAUGGGGAGUGGUAUGAUGCAACAAUUGAGGCUUAUACACCAAAUGGUUAUUAUGUAUGUUAUGACAAUUGGGGUAAUAAAGAAGAGGUUGAUCCUGCCAAUAUAAGGCCAAUUGAAGAAGGUACUGUUGAUGCUUUGUUAGAAGCUGAGCGAGUUGCUGAAGCUACAAAACAGGCUAUCAAACGUAAAAUUGCGCAAGCUGCAUCUAUUGAUUUUCAGUCUCGGAGUCUACCUGCAAAGCUUCGUAUAGAGCCUGAUGACCCUGAGGAUGUGAAAUCUUCCAAACGUAAGAAAAUACAUGCCUUCAAGUCAAAGAUGCGGAUGGAGCAACUUGAAGUCACCCAAAAUAAGAGGCAAAAUGCUUGGCAGCAGUUUCAGUCAACCAAAGGAAAGGCGAAGAAGAUCGGUUUCUUCUCUGGAAGAAAGCGAGAGAGUAUUUUUAAAUCUCCCGAUGAUCCUUACGGAAAGGUUGGCGUGACUGGAAGUGGGAAAGGUUUGACAGAGUUCCAGAAGAGAGAAAAACAUUUUCAUCUCAAAGACGGUACAGUUGAGAAUGAUGAUUAGGUUACGUACCUGUUGGCCUUUCUUGUAUGUAUCAUGCUCAAACAACCAUUCACUGUAGAGGUUCAUUAAUGCCAAGCAAAACGAUUUUAUCUGUUGAAAUGUGUUGGGACUGUUCUAGAUUUUAGUUUUAGUUCCUAAUAUAUAUAUAUUAUAUCAUGAUUCUAUUUGGUUGUCUUUUUAUUAUGAUGUUAUUAACUUUGUUGUCUAGGUGGCCCAUUUUUCUUCUGACAUUGAUGAUUCUAACAUCAAUUUACUGGUCUUAGCUUUAGAUAGAUAGAUAUGUAACAAAAUAUACUGUAUUUUUAUGCUCUUCAAUC